GGACCGGCCAGAGAGUGGGCUGCUGGGUGGGAGCUGUGUCAGUCCCGGACCCGUGGCGGGAGGUGAGACCCAGCAGCCCCUGCUCCUUCAGCGGCGCCCCACGCCUGGGUGCUGCUCCCAGCCUCCCGUAGAGACAGGUCCCUCCCGCUGCCCCCACCCCCCACCAUGGAUCACUCAUUCAGCGGGGCACCCCGAUUUCUGACCCGCCCCAAGGCCUUCGUGGUGUCCGUGGGCAAGGAUGCCACGCUGAGCUGCCAGAUCGUGGGCAACCCUACGCCGCACGUGAGCUGGGAGAAGGACCAGCAGCCCGUGGAGGCGGGCGCUCGCUUCCGCCUGGCCCAGGACGGCGACCUGUACCGUCUCACCAUCCUGGACCUGGCACUGGGCGACAGCGGGCAGUAUGUGUGCCGCGCGCGCAACGCCAUCGGUGAGGCCUUCGCGGCUGUCGGCCUGCAGGUGGACGCGGAGGCCGCUUGCGCCGAGCAGGCGCCCCAUUUCCUUCUGCGGCCCACGUCCAUCCGCGUGCGCGAGGGCGCGGAGGCCACCUUCCGCUGCCGCGUGCGCGGCUCGCCGCCAAUGGCCGUGAGCUGGGCCAAGGACGGGCGGCGCUUAGGCGCGCCCGACGGCCCCCGAGUGCGCGUGGAGGCCAGCGGCGAGGCGAGCGCGCUGCGCAUCCAGGCCGCGCGGCCCCGCGACGGCGGCACCUACACGGUGCGCGCCGAGAACCCGCUGGGCGCCGCCAGCGCCGACGCCGCGCUCACCGUGGACGCGGAUGCAGACACUGCGGGCCCUCCCGGGGCCUCCACAGCCGCGCUUCUGGCGCACCUGCAGCGGCGGCGCGAGGCGAUGCGCGCCGAGGGCGCCCCGGCCUCGCCACCAGGUUCUGGCACGCGCACCUGCACCGUGACUGAAGGCAAGCACGCGCGCCUCAGCUGCUACGUGACGGGUGAGCCUAAGCCCGAGACGGUGUGGAAGAAGGAUGGGCAGCUGGUGGUCGAGGGCCGGCGACACGCGGUGUACGAGGACGCUCAGGAGAACUUCGUGCUCAAGAUCCUCUUCUGCAAGCAGUCAGACCGGGGCCUCUACACCUGCACGGCAUCCAACCUGGUGGGCCAAACCUACAGCUCCGUGCUGGUCGUCGUGCGAGAGCCCGCGGUGCCCUUCAGGAAGCGGCUACAGGACCUGGAGGUGCCGGAGAAGGAGUCGGCCACGUUCCAGUGCGAGGUGGAGCUGCCGACCACCGAGGCCGCGUGGUACAAGGAGGAGACGCGGCUGUGGGCCAGCGCCAAGUACGGCAUCGAGGAGGCGGGCACCGAGCGCCGGCUGACCGUGCGCAACGUCUCGGCCGACGACGACGCUGUCUACAUCUGCGAGACUGCGGAGGGCAGCCGCACGGUGGCGGAGCUCGCGGUGCAAGGAAACCUCCUCCGGAAGCUCCCGAGGAAGACCGCGGUGCGAGUGGGGGACACGGCCAUGUUCUGUGUGGAGCUGGCCAGGCCGGAGGACUCCGUCCACUGGCUGAGGAACCAGGAGGAGGUGGUGGCUGGGGGCCGCGUGGCCAUCACCACAGAAGGCACGUGCCACACGCUGACCAUCUCCAAGUGCAGCCUGGAGGACAUGGGCGAGGUGACCUUCACGGCUGGGGACUGCCGGACGUCCACGCAGUUCUUUGUGUCCGCCCCUAGGAAGCCGCCCCUGCACGCCCCGGAGGCCCCUGAGGUAAAGGCCAGGACAGAGUGCUCCGUGACCCUCGGCUGGUCCCCACCACCCCACGGGGACCGCCCUGUCCCCAUUGAUGGUUAUCUGGUGGAAAAGAAGCGGCUUGGCGCCUACACCUGGAGCCGGUGCCAUGAGGCCAAGUGGGUGGACGUGCAUGAGCUGACCGUGGCUGGCGUGUCCGAGGAGGGGGACUUCCAGUUCCGGGUGUCAGCUGUGAACAGCUUUGGCCACAGUCCCUACCUGGAGUUCCCGCAGACUGUCCACCUGGCCCCCCAGCUGGCUGUGAGGAUGCCUUUGAAGGCAGUGGAGGCCGUGGAGGGUGGUGAGGUGACCUUCUCCGUGGACCUCACUUUGGCCUCGGUGGGCGAGUGGUUCCUGGACGGGCGGGCCCUGAAGGCCAGCAGCGUGUACGUGAUCCGUCACGAGGGCACACGGCAUGCCCUCACCAUCCGCUCCGUGUCCGCCAGCCUGCAUGGUGCAGAGCUCAAGUUUGUGGCCAACGGCAUCGAGAGCAGCAUCCGCAUGGAGGUCCGAGCGGCCCCAGGACUGACCACCAAGCGUCCAGUGGCAGCUGUGAGAGAAGUGCUGGCCCGGCUGCAUGAGGAGGCGCAGCUCCUGGCCGAGCUGUCAGACCAGGCUGCAGCAGUGACGUGGCUGAAGGAUGGCCACGCGCUGCCACCAGGCCCCAAGUACGAGGUGCAGGCGACGGCCGGGCAGUGGGCCCUGCUGGUGCGGGAUGUGGUGCGAGACGAUGCUGGCCUCUACGAGUGUGUCAGCCAUGGGGGCCGCGUCGCCUACCAGCUCCUGGUGCAAGGGCUCACUCCCUUUCUGCACAAGGACACAGCUGGUGGCUGUGUGGAUGCCGUGGCUGGAGGCCCAGCCCACUUUGAAUGUGAGACCUCUGAGGCCCACGUGUGCGUGCGCUGGUACAAGGACGGCACGGAGCUCAGUCGCUCCAGCCAGCGCUUCUUGCAGGAGGACGUGGGCACGCGGCACCGGCUGGUGGCAGCCUCGGUCACCAGGCAGGAUGAGGGUACCUACUCAUGCCGCGUGGGUGAGGACUCCGUGGACUUCCAGCUGCGUGUCUCCGAGCCCUCUGUGGUGUUUGCCAAGGAGCAGCCAGCACGCAGUGAGGUGCAGGCCAAGGCGGGGGCCAGCGCCACCCUGAGCUGUGAGGUGGCCCAGGCCCAGACAGAGGUGACGUGGUACAAGGAUGGGAAGAAGCUGAGUGCGAGCUCCAGAGUGCACGUGGAGGCCAAGGGCUGCAGCAGGCGGCUGGUGGUGCAGCAGGUGGGCAAGGCGGACGCUGGGGAGUACCGCUGUGAGGCCGGCGGCCAGAAGGUGUCCUUCCACCUGGAUGUGGCAGAGCCCUCUGUGGUGUUUGCCAAGGAGCAGCCAGCACGCAGUGAGGUGCAGGCCAAGGCGGGGGCCAGUGCCACCCUGAGCUGUGAGGUGGCCCAGGCCCAGACAGAGGUGACGUGGUACAAGGAUGGGAAGAAGCUGAGUGCGAGCUCCAGAGUGCACGUGGAGGCCAAGGGCUGCAGCAGGCGGCUGGUGGUGCAGCAGGUGGGCAAGGCGGACGCUGGAGAGUACAGCUGUGAGGCCGGGGGCCAGAAGGUGUCCUUCCACCUGGAUGUCGCAGAACCCUCUGUGGUGUUUGCCAAGGACCAGCCAGCACGCAGUGAGGUGCAGGCCAAGGCGGGGGCCAGCGCCACCCUGAGCUGUGAGGUGGCCCAGGCCCAGACAGAGGUGACGUGGUACAAGGAUGGGAAGAAGCUGAGUGCGAGCUCCAGAGUGCACGUGGAGGCCAAGGGCAGCAGCAGGCGGCUGGUGGUGCAGCAGGUGGGCAAGGCGGACGCUGGGGAGUACAGCUGUGAGGCCGGGGGCCAGAAGGUGUCCUUCCACCUGGAUGUCGCAGAGCCCUCUGUGGUGUUUGCCAAGGAGCAGCCAGCACGCAGUGAGGUGCAGGCCAAGGCGGGGGCCAGCACCACCCUGAGCUGUGAGGUGGCCCAGGCCCAGACAGAGGUGACGUGGUACAAGGAUGGGAAGAAGCUGAGUGCGAGCUCCAGAGUGCACGUGGAGGCCAAGGGCUGCAGCAGGCGGCUGGUGGUGCAGCAGGUGGGCAAGGCGGACGCUGGGGAGUACCGCUGUGAGGCCGGGGGCCAGAAGGUGACCUUCCGCCUGGACGUCGCAGAGCCGGAGCCUGAACCCCCCGCCCUGGAGAGACCUGGCCGCAGGGAGCCUCUGGUGGUCAGGGAGCAUGAGGACAUUGUCCUGACUGCCACGCGGGCUACACCCUCUGUGGCCGCGGUGACGUGGCUCAAGGAUGGUGUUGAGAUUCGCCGAAGCAAGCGACAUGAAACGGCCAGUCUGGGGGACACCCACACCCUGACCAUCCACAGCGCGCAAACCCUGGACAGCGCGGUCUACAGCUGCCGUGUGGGCGCAGAGGUGCAGGAUUUCCCCGUGCAGGUGGAAGAGGUGGCCGCCAAGUUCUGCCGGCCCCUGGAGCACGUGAGCGGGGAGCUGGGCAGCGCAGUGACGCUGGUUUGCGAGCUGAGCCCGCCCCAGGCCGAGGUCGUGUGGCGCUGCGGGAGCACGCAGCUCCGGGCUGGCAAACGCUUCCAGAUUGAAGCCGCGGGGCCCCGGCGCUCGCUCACUGUGUCAGGCCUGCGGCUGGAGGAUGCAGGGGAGUAUGCGUGUGAGACACGUGACGACCGCACCAGCGCGCAGCUGACCGUCAGCACCCCCCGCACGGUCAAGUUCACGGCUGCGUUGAGCGCCGUCGUGGCGGAGGAAGGCCACGAGGCCACCUUCCAGUGCGUCGUGUCCCCCGGUGAUGCGGCAGUCACAUGGUUCCGGGAUGGCGCCUUGCUGCAGCCCAGCGAGAAGUUUCUCAUAGCGCAGAGUGGCGCUGGCCACAGCCUGACUAUCUCCGGCCUGACCCUGGAGGAUGCUGGCGAGAUCACCGCAGAGGCUGAGGGGGUCAGAUCCUCGGCUGCUCUUCGGGUGCGAGAGGCUCCGGUGCUGUUCAGAAAGAAGCUGGAACCCCAGACGGUGGAAGAGCGGAGCUCAGUGACCAUGGAAGUGGAGCUGACACGGCCGUGGCCUGAGGUCAAGUGGACACGGAAUGCAGUAGCCCUGGUGCCAGGCAAGAACGUGGAGAUUCACGCGGAGAGCACUAGUCACCGCUUGGUUCUGCGCUGCGUGAGUUUCUCGGACCGUGGCUUCUACGGGUGCGAGACUCCGGAUGACAAGACACAGGCCAAGCUCACCGUGGAAAUGCGCCGGGUCCAGCUGGUGCGGGGCCUGCAGGCCGUGGAGGCUUGGGAGCAGGGUGCCGUCAGCAUGGAGGUGAAGCUGUCCCAUGACCACGUGGAGGGCAGCUGGACGCGUGAUGGCCUGCGGCUGCAGCCAGGACCCACCUGCCAGCUAGCUGUGCAUGGCCCCAUUCACACCCUCACGCUGUUGGAGCUGCGGCCGCAGGACGGCGGCCUCAUCGCCUUCAAAGCCGAGGGGGUGCACACGUCUGCGCGGCUCACGGUCACCGAACUGCCUGUGAGGUUUAGCCGCCCCCUGCAGGACACGGUCGCCACAGAGAAGGACAAGGUGACCCUGGAAUGUGAGCUGUCGCGCCCCAACGUGGAUGUGCGCUGGCUGAAGGAUGGUGUGGAGCUGCGGGUGGGCAAGACAGUGGGCAUGGUGGCCCAGGGUGCGUGUCGGAGUCUCAUCAUUUACCGGUGUGAGCUCGGGGACCAGGGCGUGUACGUGUGUGAUGCCCACGACGCUCAGAGCUCGGCCUCCCUGACGGUGCAAGGUCGCAAGGUUCAGAUCGUGAGGCCCCUGGAGGAUGUGGAGGUGAUGGAGAAGGAGGGUGCCACAUUCUCCUGUGAGGUCUCUCUCGACGAGGUGCCAGCCCAGUGGUUUUGGGAGGGCAGUAAGCUUCGGCCCAGUGACAACGUGCGCAUCCGCCAGGAAGGAAGGAAAUACACUCUCCUCUACCGGAGGGUCCUGGCAGAAGAUGCAGGGGAGAUCAGAUUUGUCGCCGAAAGUGCAGAAUCGCGAGCGGAGCUCCGAGUGAAAGAGCUGCCGGUGGCCAUCCUGCGCCCGCUGCGGGACAAAAUAGCCAUGGAGAAGCACCGCGGCGUGCUCGAGUGCCAGAUGUCUCGCGCCAGCGCGCAGGUGCAGUGGUUCAAGGGCAGCGUGGAGCUGCAGCCCGGGCCCAAGUACGAGAUGGUCAGUGACGGCCUCUACCGGAAGCUAAUCAUCAAGGACGUGCAGCCCGAGGACGAGGACACCUACACCUGCGAUGCGGGGGACGUGAAGACCAGCGCCCAAUUCUUCGUGGAAGAGCAAUCCAUCACCAUCGUGCGCGGCCUGCAGGACGUCACGGUGAUGGAGCCCGCCCCCGCCUGGUUCGAGUGUGAGACCUCCAUUCCGUCGGUGCGGCCGCCCAAGUGGCUCCUGGGAAAGACGGUGCUGCAGGCCGGGGCCGACGUGGGCAUGGAGCAGGAGGGCACGGUGCACCGCCUGACGCUGCGGCGCACCUGCUCCACCAUGACGGGGCCCGUGCACUUCACCAUCGGCAAGUCGCGCUCCACCGCGCGCCUGGUGGUUUCAGACAUCCCCAUGGUGCUCGCGCGGCCGCUGGAGCCCAAGGCGGGGCGCGAGCAGCAGUCGGUGGUCCUGUCGUGCGACUUCAGGCCAACCCCCAAGGCCGUGCAGUGGUACAAGGGGGACACGCCGGUGGCGCCCUCGGAGAAGUUCAGGAUGAGGCUGGAGGGCCACAUGGCGGAGCUGCGCAUCCUCCGCCUCACGCCCGCCGACGCGGGCGUCUACCGGUGCCAGGCCGGCAGCGCCCACAGCAGCGCGGCGGUCACCGUGGAAGCGCGCGAGGUCACAGUGACGCAGCCGAUGCAGGACGCAGACGUGACGGAGGAGGGCCGGGCCUGUUUCUCGUGCGAGCUGUCCCACGAGGACGAGGAGCUGGAGUGGUCGCUCAACGGCACGCCUCUGUACAACGACAGCUUCCAUGAGAUCGCCCACGAGGGCCGGCGCCACACGCUGGUGCUGAAGCGGGUUCGGAGGGCGGACGCGGGCACCGUGCACGCCCGCUCCCCCAAGGUGUCGGCCACUGCCCGCCUGGAGGUCAAAGCCAAGCCGGUGGUGUUCCUGAAGGCUCUGGAUGAUGUGUCCGCGGAGGAGCGGGGCACGCUGGCCCUGCAGUGCGAGGUGUCGGACCCCCAGGCCCGCGUGGUGUGGCGAAGGGAUGGCGUGGAGCUGGGCCCCAGCGACAAGUACGACUUCCUGCACACGGCGGGCACGCGCGGGCUCGUGGUGCAUGACCUGAGUCGGGACGACACCGGCCUCUACACUUGCAGCGUGGGCUCCGAGGAGACCCGCGCCAGAGUCAGUGUGCACGACCUGCACGUGGGCAUCACCAAGAGGCUGAAGUCGGUGGAGGUGCUGGAGGGCCAGAGCUGCAGCUUUGAGUGCGUCGUGUCCCACGAGAACACCGGCGAUGUGGCCACGUGGACCGUGGGUGGGAAGACGGCGGGUGGCUCGGGCCGCUUCCGGGCCACACGCCAGGGCCGCAAGUACACCCUGGCUGUCCGGGAUGCUGCUCCUAGUGACGCUGGGGAGGUGGUGUUCUCCGUGCGGGACCUCACCUCCAAGGCCUCCCUCAUCGUCCGAGAGAGGCCAGCGCAUAUCACGAAGCCUCUGGAAGGCCGGCAGGCCGCUGCGGGCGAGGAUGUGGUGCUGAGCUGCGAGCUGUCUCGGGCCGGCGCCCCGGUGCGCUGGCUGAGGGCUGGGAAAGCCAUUCACGAGAGUCAGAAGUAUGACCUGGUCACAGAGGGCACUCGGGCCAUGCUGGUGGUCCGUGCGGUCUCACCCAAGGACUCAGGCGAAUACACGUGUGAGACAGAGGCUUCCAAGAGCACAGCAAGCCUCCUUGUGGAAGAAAAGGCAAACCGGUUCACAGAGGAGCUGGCCGAUCUGCAGGCGGAGGAGAAGGGCAUGGCCGUGUUUGUGUGCAAGACAGAGCAUCCCGCAGCCACGGUGACCUGGCGUAAGGGCCUCACGGAGCUGCAUGCCUCAGGGAAGUACACACCCAGCCAGGAGGGCCUGACCUUGAAGCUCACCAUCCGUGCCCUGGACAAGGCAGACACUGACACGUACACCUGUGACAUUGGCCAGGCCCGUUCGCAGGCCCGGCUCCUGGUGCAAGGCCAGAGAGUGCUCAUCACGGAGGAUCUGGAGGACGUGGAGGUGCGCGAGGGCUGCUCAGCCACCUUCUCCUGCCGCAUCUCCCCUGCUGACUACGGGCCGGUGCACUGGUUCUUGGACAAGACGCCCCUGCACCCCAACGAGCUCAAUGAGAUUGAGGUUCAGCCAGGUGGUUACCACGUGCUCACCCUGCGGCAGCUUGCUCUCAAGGACUCAGGCACCGUCCAUUUCGAGGCAGGGGACCAGCGGGCCUCGGCCACCCUGCGGGUCACAGAAAAGCCAAGCGUCUUCUCCCGCGAGCUCACAGACGCUACCGUCACAGAGGGGGAGGAUCUGACCCUGGUCUGUGAGACCACCGCCCUGGACAGCCCCGUGUGCUGGACCAAGGACGGGAAGGCCCUGCGGCCAUCAGUCCGUUGCCAGCUGAGCCAGGAGGGCCACCGGGCCCAGCUGGUCAUUGCCGGCGCCACCUUGCAGGAUGGCGGGCGCUACAGGUGUGAGUCCGGGGGCUCCUGGAGCAGCGCCAUUGUCAGGGUCCACGCUCGGCCAGCACGCUUCCAGGAGGGGCUCAAGGACCUGGAGGUGCUGGAGGGUGGGGCUGCCACUCUGCGAUGCACGCUGUCCUCUGUGGUCACACCCGUGGAGUGGCGCCGUGGAGAUGAGGUUCUGCGACCCGGAGGCAAGUACAGAUUGUGUCAGGAGGGCACUGUGCUGGAGCUGGUGGUCCGGGACCUGCGGCCCCAGGACAGUGGGCAGUACUCCUGCUGCUUCGGGGACCAGAUGACCUUUGCCACACUCACUGUGAGGGCCCUGCCUGCUGAGUUCAUAGGGAGACUGCGAAGCAAGGAGGCCACAGAAGGGGCCACGGCCACACUACGCUGUGAGCUGAGCAAGGAGGCCCCUGUGGAGUGGAAGAAGGGGCCUGAGACCCUCAGAGCUGGGGACAGAGUCAGCCUGAGGCAGGAUGGGGCCGUGUGUGAGCUGGAGAUCCGUGGCCUGACCAUGGCGGAUGCUGGGGAGUACUCGUGCAUGUGCGGGAAGGAGAGGACGUCGGCCACGCUGACCGUCAGGGCCCUGCCUGCCAAGUUCACAAAAAGUCUAAGGAGUGAGGAGGCCACAGAAGGUGCCACGGCCACGCUGCACUGUGAGCUGAGCAAGGCGGCCCCUGUGGAGUGGAAGAAGGGGCCUGAGACCCUCAGAGCUGGGGACAGAGUCAGCCUGAGGCAGGAUGGGACCGUGUGUGAGCUGGAGAUCCGUGGCCUGACCGUGGCGGAUGCUGGGGAGUACUCGUGCGUGUGCGGGCAGGAGAGGACGUCGGCCACGCUGACCGUCAGGGCCCUGCCUGCCAAGUUCACCAAGGGCCUGAGGAAGGAAGAGGCCACGGAAGGGGCCACAGCCACGCUGCACUGUGAGCUGAGCAAGGCGGCCCCUGUGGAGUGGAAGAAGGGGCCUGAGACCCUCAGAGCUGGGGACAGAGUCAGCCUGAGGCAGGAUGGGACCGUGUGUGAGCUGGAGAUCCGUGGCCUGGCCAUGGUGGAUGCUGGGGAGUAUUCGUGCGUGUGCGGGAAGGAGAGGACGUCGGCCACGCUGACCGUCAGGGCCCUGCCUGCCAAGUUCACAAAAAGUCUAAGGAGUGAGGAGGCCACAGAAGGUGCCACGGCCACGCUGCACUGUGAGCUGAGCAAGGCGGCCCCUGUGGAGUGGAAGAAGGGGCCUGAGACCCUCAGAGCUGGGGACAGAGUCAGCCUGAGGCAGGAUGGGACCGUGUGUGAGCUGGAGAUCCGUGGCCUGACCGUGGCGGAUGCUGGGGAGUACUCGUGCGUGUGCGGGAAGGAGAGGACGUCGGCCACGCUGACCGUCAGGGCCCUGCCUGCCAAGUUCACCAAGGGCCUGAGGAAGGAAGAGGCCACGGAAGGGGCCACGGCCACGCUGCACUGUGAGCUGAGCAAGGCGGCCCCUGUGGAGUGGAAGAAGGGGCCUGAGACCCUCAGAGCUGGGGACAGAGUCAGCCUGAGGCAGGAUGGGACCGUGUGUGAGCUGGAGAUCCGUGGCCUGGCCGUGGCGGAUGCUGGGGUGUAUUCGUGUGUGUGCGGGCAGGAGAGGACUUCGGCCACGCUGACCGUCAGGGCCCUGCCUGCCAAGUUCACAAAAAGUCUAAGGAGUGAGAAGGCCACAGAAGGUGCCACGGCCACGCUGCACUGUGAGCUGAGCAAGGCGGCCCCUGUGGAGUGGAAGAAGGGGCCUGAGACCCUCAGAGCUGGGGACAGAGUCAGCCUGAGGCAGGAUGGGACCGUGUGUGAGCUGGAGAUCCGUGGCCUGACCGUGGCGGAUGCUGGGGAGUACUCGUGCGUGUGCGGGAAGGAGAGGACGUCGGCCACGCUGACCGUCAGGGCCCUGCCUGCCAAGUUCACCAAGGGCCUGAGGAAGGAAGAGGCCACGGAAGGGGCCACGGCCACGCUGCACUGUGAGCUGAGCAAGGCGGCCCCUGUGGAGUGGAAGAAGGGGCCUGAGACCCUCAGAGCUGGGGACAGAGUCAGCCUGAGGCAGGAUGGGACCGUGUGUGAGCUGGAGAUCCGUGGCCUGGCCGUGGCGGAUGCUGGGGAGUAUUCGUGUGUGUGCGGGCAGGAGAGGACUUCGGCCACGCUGACCGUCAGGGCCCUGCCUGCCAAGUUCACAAAAAGUCUAAGGAGUGAGGAGGCCACAGAAGGUGCCACGGCCACGCUGCACUGUGAGCUGAGCAAGGCGGCCCCUGUGGAGUGGAAGAAGGGGCCUGAGACCCUCAGAGCUGGGGACAGAGUCAGCCUGAGGCAGGAUGGGACCGUGUGUGAGCUGGAGAUCCGUGGCCUGACCGUGGCGGAUGCUGGGGAGUACUCGUGCGUGUGCGGGCAGGAGAGGACGUCGGCCACGCUGACCGUCAGGGCCCUGCCUGCCAAGUUCACCAAGGGCCUGAGGAAGGAAGAGGCCACGGAAGGGGCCACGGCCACGCUGCACUGUGAGCUGAGCAAGGCGGCCCCUGUGGAGUGGAAGAAGGGGCCUGAGACCCUCAGAGCUGGGGACAGAGUCAGCCUGAGGCAGGAUGGGACCGUGUGUGAGCUGGAGAUCCGUGGCCUGGCCGUGGCGGAUGCUGGGGAGUAUUCGUGUGUGUGCGGGCAGGAGAGGACUUCGGCCACGCUGACCGUCAGGGCCCUGCCUGCCAAGUUCACCAAGGGCCUGAGGAAGGAAGAGGCCACGGAAGGGGCCACGGCCACGCUGCACUGUGAGCUGAGCAAGGCGGCCCCUGUGGAGUGGAAGAAGGGGCCUGAGACCCUCAGAGCUGGGGACAGAGUCAGCCUGAGGCAGGAUGGGACCGUGUGUGAGCUGGAUAUCCGUGGCCUGGCCGUGGCGGAUGCUGGGGAGUAUUCGUGUGUGUGCGGGCAGGAGAGGACGUCGGCCACGCUGACCGUCAGGGCCCUGCCUGCCAAGUUCACAAAAAGUCUAAGGAGUGAGGAGGCCACAGAAGGUGCCACGGCCACGCUGCACUGUGAGCUGAGCAAGGCGGCCCCUGUGGAGUGGAAGAAGGGGCCUGAGACCCUCAGAGCUGGGGACAGAGUCAGCCUGAGGCAGGAUGGGACCGUGUGUGAGCUGGAGAUCCGUGGCCUGGCCGUGGCGGAUGCUGGGGAGUACUCAUGCGUGUGCGGGCAGGAGAGGACGUCGGCCACGCUGACCGUCAGGGCCGCACAGGUCGUAUUCAGGGAGCCACUCCAGAGCCUGCAGGCUGAGGAGGGUUCCUCAGUGACCCUGCGGUGUGAGCUGUCCCAGCCCAAUGCCACCGUGGUCUGGAGCAAGGGCGGCCUGGAGUUGCAGGCCGAUGGGCGCAGGGAGCCUCGGCAGCGGGGCCCCACGGUGGAGCUUGUCCUGCGGGACCUGCGCCGGGAGGACUCGGGGGAAUACACAUGUGCCUGUGGACCCCGGGCCACCAGCGCCACCCUCACCAUUACAGCUGCACCUGCACGGUUCCUUAGGGAGCUGCAGUCCCAGGAGGUGGACGAGGGUGCCACGGCGCGCCUGCAUUGCGAGCUGAGCCAGGAGGGCGCCAGCGUGGAGUGGCACAAGGGCUCCCUGCAGCUCUUCCCUUGCGCCAAGUACCAGAUGGUGCAGGAGGGAAGGACCGCCGAGCUGCUGGUGCAUGGCGCAGAGCAGGAGGACGCCGGCCACUACACCUGUGACACGGGCCACACGCAGAGCACUGCCAGCCUCUCUGUCCGAGUCCCCAGGCCCACAUUCCAGGAGGAGCUGCAGAGCACGGAGCAGGAGGUGGGCGGUGUGGCCCGGCUUUGCUGCCAGCUGAGCGAGGCAGAGACCGGUGUCCCAGUGCAGUGGCUCAAGGAGGGUGUGGAGCUGCACGGGAGCCCCAAAUACGAGAUAAGGUGCCUGGGGACCACAUGUGAGCUGCUGAUCCACGGACUGGAGGCCAAGGACACGGGCGAGUAUGUGUGCGUGGCCGGUGGUCAGAAAACCGUGGCCUCUGUCAUGGUCAAAGAGCCAGAGGUGACCAUUGUGCGGGGGCUGGUGGAUGCUGAGGCGCAGGUCGACGGGGAUGUGGAGUUCACUUGUGAGGUGUCACGGGACGGGGUCGCGGAUGUGGAGUGGCGCCUCCAGGGCCUGCCCCUGCAGAGCAACGAGGUGACGGAGGUGUCCGUGCGGGGUGGCCGCACCCACACGCUCCGGCUGAAGGGCGUGACACCCGAGGAUGCAGGCACCGUCUCCUUCCACGUGGGCAUGCACACGUCCUCUGCGCGGCUCACUGUCCAAGUCCCUGAGGUGACCAUCGUGGAGCCCCUGCAGGACCUGCAGCUCAGCGAGGGCCAGGACGCCCAUUUCCGGUGCCAGCUGUCCAGGGCCUCUGGCCAGGGUGCCCGCUGGGCCCUGGGAGGGGUGCCCCUGCAGGCCAAUGAGAUGAACGACAUCACUGUGGAGCAUGGCACGCUCCACCUCCUCACCCUGCGCAAGGUGACCCUGGAGGAUGCUGGAACCAUCAGUUUCCAAGUGGGCUCAUGCAGCUCGGAGGCCCGGUUAAAGGUCACAGCCAAGAACAGCGUGGUGCGCGGCUUGGAGAAUGUGGACGCCCUGGAAGGCGGCGAGGCGCUGUUCGAGUGCCGGCUGUCGCGCCCCGAGGUGGCCGCCCACACCUGGCUGCGGGACGACGAGCCCGUGCACACCUCCGAGAACACGGAGGUGGUCUACUUGGAGAACGGCCUGCGGCACCUGCUGCUACUUAAGAACCUGCGGCUGCAGGACACCUGCCGGGUGACCUUCCUGGCGGGGGGCGUGGUGACAUCCGCGUUCCUCACAGUCAGAGGCUGGCGCCUGGACGUGCUGGAGCCGCCGCAGGACGCCACGGUGCGGGCCGGUGGGCGGGCCAGCUUUGGCUGCUCGCUCAGCGAGGCGGUGCCGGUGGGCGAGGCAACCUGGUACAUCAACGGGGCCGCUGUGCAGCCGGACGACCCCGACUGGAUGGUCACCGCGGAUGGCAGCCACCACACCUUGCAGCUGCGCGCCGCCCAGCCGCACCACGCUGGCGAGGUCACCUUCGCCGCCCGCGACGCCGUGGCCUCCGCGCGGCUCACCGUGUUGGGCCUCCCGGACCCCCCAGAGGACGCUGAGGUGGUGGCGCGAAGCGGCCGCUCCGUGACGCUGUCUUGGGUGGCCCCUGCAAGUGACGGCGGUGGCGGUCUCUACGGCUAUCGGGUGGAGUUGAAGGCAGCCGCCACGGGUGAGUGGCGGCUGUGCCACGAACUGGUGCCCGGGCCCGAGUGCGUGGUGGACGGCCUGGCCCCCGGAGAGACGUACCGCUUCCGCGUGGCGGCUGUGGGCCCAGCGGGGGCCGGGGAGCCGGUGCACCUGCCGCAGACAGUGAGGCUCGAGCCCCAGGAGCCUGAGCCUGCGGCCCCAGCUCCCGCGCCCCCGGCUCCCGCACGCCCGGCUCCCACGCCCCCGGCUCCCGCACACCCGGCUCCCGCGCCCCCGGCUCCCGAGAGCCGGCAGGUGGCUGCCGGUGAGGACGUGUGUCUGGAGUGCCAGGUGGCCGAGGCGGGCGAGGUCGUCUGGCUGAAGGGGACGGAGCUCAUCCAACCGAGCGGGCGCUUCCAGGUUCUCUGCCGGGCUGAGCGGCAGACGCUGGUCAUCCGGGGCUUCUCCGAGGAGGACCAGGGCGAGUACCACUGCUGCCGCGCCCAGGACCCCAUCUCCUCUGCAGCUGCCUCCUUCCAGGUGGUGCUGGCCCCAGGCUCUGGGGAGGAGGCCCCUGCGCAGCCCAGCCUCCCCCCUGAGGCAGCCCAGGAGGGUGACCUGCACCUGCUGUGGGAGGCCCUGGCCCGGAAGCGCCGCAUGAGCCGUGAGCCCACGCUGGACUCCAUCAGCGAGCUGCCCGAGGAGGACGGUCACUCGCAGCGCCUGCAGCAUGAGCCAGAGGAAGCAGCCCGUGACCUCUCUGAGGACUACUCCACCGCUGAUGAGCUGGCACGUUCCGGCGAGGCCGACCUCUCACACACCAGCUCUGAUGACGAGUCCCGGGCGGGCACUCCUGCCCUGGUUACCUACCUCAAGAAGGCUGGGCGGCCCAGCACCUCACCCCUGGUCAGCAAGGCUGGGGUUCCCACAGUCCCACCUGGGAAGCCACAGAAGCAUCAGGAGCAGCCAGCGGCUGUUUGCCCACCACUGGGAGAUUUGAGUGACCCGUCCAUGGACAAGGCAGCCGUGAAGAUCCAGGCUGCCUUCAAGGGCUACAAGGUCCGCAAGGAGAUGAAGCAGCAGGAGGGACCUGUGUUCUCCCGCACGUUUGGGGAUACAGAGGCACAGGUGGGGGAUGUCCUGCGUCUGGAGUGUGUGGUGUCCAGCAAGGCGGAUGUGCGUGCUCGCUGGCUGAAGGAUGGCGUGGAGCUGACAGAUGGCCGGCACCACCACAUUGACCAGCUCGCGGACGGCACCUGCUCCCUGCUGGUCACGGGCCUGGGCCGGGCCGACGCCGGCCACUACACCUGUCAGGUGAGCAGCAAGUUUGGCCACGUGGCCCACAGCGCUUGUGUGGUGGUCAGCGGGACUGAAAGCGAGGCAGAGAGCUCCUCGGGGGGAGAGCUGGACGACGCCUUUCGCCGGGCGGCCCGGCGGCUGCACCGCCUCUUCCGCACCAAGAGCCCAGCUGAGGUUUCAGACGAAGAGAUCUUCCUCAGUGCAGAUGAGGGCUCAGCACAGCCCGAGGAGCCUGGGGACUGGCAGACGUACCACGAAGAUGAGCACUUCGUCUACAUCCGCUUCGAGUCACUUGCCGAGUCCCACCGUGCGGCCACCUGCUUCCGGGAGAUGUUUGGCACCAUGGGCAUCGGGGUGGACAUCAGCCUGUUGGAGCAGGGGCCCCGGGGGGUGGAGAUGCGCAUCAGCAAGAUGGGUCCCGCCCCUGCCACGCCUCAGGAGAUGGUGCCCCGCCCACAGACUGCAGAGGCUGCCCCCGUGUUCCUGACUGGGCUGCAGGAUCAGGAGGUGCUGGACGGCUACCCCGUGAGCUUCGACUGCGUGGUGACAGGCCAGCCCGUGCCCACCGUGUGCUGGUUCAAGGAUGGAAGGAUGCUGGAGGAGGAUGACCACUAUAUGAUCAGUGAGGACCAGCAGGGCGGCCACCAGCUCAUCAUCACAGCCGUGGUGCCGGCAGACAUGGGCGUUUACCGCUGCAUGGCUGAGAACAGCGUGGGCGUGUCCUCUACGAAGGCAGAGCUCCGUGUAGACCUGACCAGCACAGACUACGAAACUGCAGCUGAUGCCACGGAGACCUCCUCCUACUUCAGCGCCCAGGGCUACCUGUCCAGCCGGGAGCAAGAGGGCACGGAAUCUACCUCAGAGGAGGGUCAGCUGCCCCAGGUGGUGGAGGAGCUGAAGGACCUCCAGGUGGCCCCCGGCACACGGCUGGCCAAAUUCCAGCUGAAGGUGAAAGGCUACCCCACACCCCGACUGUACUGGUUCAAAGACGGGCAGCCCCUGACGGCUUCUGAGCACAUCCGCAUGGCUGACAGGAAGACACUUCACACCCUGGAGGUCUUGUCGGUCACCAGGGAGGACGCUGGCCAGUACUCAGCCUACAUCAGCAACGCCGCGGGCGCCGCCUACUCGUCCGCUAGGCUGCUGGUCCGGGGCCCCAAGGAUCCUGAAGAGAAGCCAGCCCCAGAUGCACACCAGCAGCUGGUGCCGCCCCGAUUCCUGGAAAGAUUCGCCUCCAAGAAGGUGAACAAAGGCUCCAGCAUCACCUUCUCAGUGAAGGUGGAAGGCUGCCCGGCCCCAGCUGUGCACUGGCUGCGGGAGGAGGCCGAGCGGGGUGUGCUGUGGAUCGGCCCUGACACACCGGGCUACACGGUGGCCAGGUCUGCCCAGCGACACAGUCUGGUCCUGCUGGACGUGGGCCGGCAGCAUCGGGGCACCUACAUCUGCAUCGCCACCAGCACGGCCGGCCAGGCCCUCUGCUCCGCCGGCCUGCACGUCUCUGGCUUGCCCGAGGAGGCGGGGGCGGCAGACGAGCGUGCUGGGGGGAAGGAGGUCCUCAUCUCCAGCUUCCUGCAGGGGACCCAAGCUGUGUCUGCGCAGAUGUCGGAGCCUGUGGGGUUCGCUGAUCUUGCGGGGCAGAGGAAAGAGCCCCCGGUGGUGGAGGCCCGUGGCCACCUGUCGCUGGCCGAGGUGGGCACAGAGGAGUUCCUGCAGAAGCUCACGUCCCAGAUCACCGAGAUCGUGUCGGCCAAGAUCACACAGGCCAAGCUGCAGGUGCCUGGAGGUGACAGCGAUGAGGAAUCCAGGACGCCAUCUGCAUCCCCCUGGCACGGCCGUUCCCGUCCCUCCUCCAGCGUCCAGGAGUCGUCCUCGGAGUCGGAGGAUGGGGACUCCCGAGGCGAGAUCUUUGAUAUCUACGUGGUCACAGCUGACUACCUGCCCCUGGGGGCCGAGCAGGACGCCAUCUCGCUGCGGGAGGGCCAGUACGUGGAGGUGUUGGACUCGGCCCACCCACUGCGCUGGCUUGUGCGCACCAAGCCCACCAAGUCCAGCCCCUCGCGGCAAGGCUGGGUGUCCCCUGCCUACCUGGACAAGCGGCUCAAGCUGUCACCUGAGUGGGGGCCCACGGAGGCGCCCGAGUUCCCGGGGGAGGCCGUGUCUGAGGAUGAAUACAAGACAAGGCUGAGCUCCAUCAUCCAGGAGCUGCUGAGCUCCGAGCAGGCCUUUGUGGGCAAGCUGCAGUUCCUUCAGGACCACCACAUUCAGCACCUGGAACGAUGCCCCCACGUGCCCACGGCCGUGGCCAGCCAGAAGGCAGUCAUCUUCCGCAACGUGCAGGACAUCAGUCAUUUCCACGGCAGCUUCCAGCAGGAGCUGCAGAACUGUGACACAGACGACGAUGUGGCCAUGUGCUUCAUCAAGAACCAGGAGGCCUUUGAGAAGUACCUGGACUUUCUGGUGGGCCGCGUGCAGGCCGAGUCUGCGGUGGUCAGCACGGCUGUGCAGGACUUCUACAAGAAAUACACGGAGGAGGUGCUGUCCGCAGCGGACCCAUCGCAGCCGCCCCCACCACCCCUGCAGCACUUCCUGGAGCGGCCAGUGCAGCGCAUCCAGCAGUACCAGGCCCUGCUCAAGGAGCUGAUCCGCAACAAGGCGAGGAACGGGCAGAACUGUGCACUGCUGGAGCAGGCCUACGCGCUCGUGUCGGCCCUGCCGCAGCGCGCCGAGAACCAGCUGCACGUGUCACUCAUGGAGAACUACCCAGGCACCCUGGAGGCCCUGGGCGAGCCCAUCCGCCAGGGCCACUUCAUCGUGUGGGAGGGGGCGCCGGGCGCGCGGAUGCCCUGGAAGGGCCACCACCGCCACGUCUUCCUGUUCCGCCACCACCUGGUUGUCUGCAAGACCAGAAGGGAUUCCCGCACCGACACCUUCAGUUACGUCUUCCGGAACAUGAUGAAGCUGAGCAGCAUCGACCUGAACGACCAGGUGGAGGGUGACGACCGUGCCUUCGAGAUCUGGCACGAGCGGGAGGACUCGGUGCGCAAGUACCUGCUUCAGGCGCGCACGGUCAUCACCAAGAACUCGUGGGUGAAGGAGAUCUGCAGCAUCCAGCAGCGCCUGGCCCUGCCCGUGUGGCAUCCCCCAGAUUUCGAAGAGGAGCUGGCAGACUGCACAGCAGAGCUGGGCGAGACCGUGAAGCUGGCCUGCCGUGUGACGGGCACCCCCAAGCCCGUUGUCAGCUGGUACAAAGAUGGGAAGCCAGUGGAGGUGGAUCCCCACCACAUCCUCAUUGAAGACCCCGAUGGCUCGUGUGCCCUCAUCCUGGACAACCUGACUGGCGUGGACUCCGGCCAGUACAUGUGCUUUGCGGCCAGUGCCGCCGGCAAUGCCAGCACGCUGGGCAAGAUCCUGGUGCAAGUACCCCCACGAUUUGUGAAAAAGGUCCGGGCAGUUCCUUUUGUGGAGGGAGAGGAUGCGCAAGUCACCUGCACCAUUGAAGGUGCCCCACACCCUCAGAUCAGGUGGUACAAGGAUGGGGCCCUGAUAACGCCCAGCAGCAAGUACCGAACCCUGAGUGAGCCCCGCAGUGGUCUGAUGGUGCUGGAGAUCCUGACAGCCAGCAAGGACGACCUGGGCCAUUAUGAGUGCGAGUUGGUGAACCGGCUGGGCUCUGCGAGGGGCGGGGCAGAGCUGUGCAUGCAGAGCCCUGCUGUGCGGGCCCGGGAACAGCUUCACAGGGAGCAGCUUGCAGCCAUGGAAGUCACUGAGCAGGAGACUAAAGUCCCCAAGAAAACCGUCAUCAUAGAGGAGACCAUCACCACCGUGGUGAAGAGCCCUCGUGGCCGGCGCCGGUCCCCCAACAAGUCCCCCUCCCGCUCGCCUUCCCGCCGCACUGCCAGCCCGCCCAGGCCAGGCCAGUUGGCCUCCGAGCUGCUGUACUCACCAGGGGCCAGCCAGCCCUGCAGGCCUGAGGUGGAGCCAGGCUGGAGACCUACUGUACCCACACUGUAUGUGACGGAGCCUGAGUCCCACACGCCGGGCCUGCCCCAGGGCACGAGGCCCCAGCCCAAGUGGGUAGAGGUCGAGGAGACCAUUGAAGUCAGGGUGAAGAAGACGGGCUCCAGGGGUGCAUCCCCUGCCAGAGAGGCUCCUGACAGCUCUGCAGGGCUUCUCUUCACGCUGCCUGGUGGGACCCCCAUAGGAGAUCCCAAUGCAAACAAUUCCAACAACAACCUACUGGCCCAGGAGCCGCAGGCCCAGGGCAGGGCACUGGUCAGCACUGGAGAGCCUCUCAUCUUCUGCAUGGACACAGGGCCAGAGGAGACCUGUGAGCCGUUCCCUCCCCAGGCGGCUGAAGAGGAAACCCCCGUGGAGGAGGUGGAGGAGGUGGAGGGAGGAGGUGCCCUCCUGACGGAGGAGCCCCUGGGCACCAACAGCCUUUGGGGCCGUGACCCCAAGAUCCUCACACAUGAUGGCCGAGUGCUGACGCUGGCUGACCUGGAGGAUUACGUGCCCCGGGAGGGGGAGACCUUCGGCUGCCAUGGCCCUGUGCCCAGCACUUCUGACGACCCACCCUGCGAGGUCUCUGUGCUCCAGAGAGAGAUCAGCGAGCCCACGGUGGGGCAGCCUGUCCUGCUCAAUGUGGGGCGUCCUCUGGGCCCUCGAAACCCACCUAGCUUUUUCAGUCGCCGGGAGGCGUCUCCCUUGGGACCUCAGGUCCUCGGCCCCACGGGAGUCUCCUUCUGUAUGCAGGAAGCCCGGGCUGGGGGCGCUGCAUCCUGGAAGCCGUCCUUCUGCAUCCAGGUCCAGAGGUCUGCAGACAGCGGCCAGAGCAGCUUCAAAACGGAGGUUAGCACCCAGACAGUCAGCUUUGGGACGGUGGGCGAGACCGUCACCCUGCACAUCUGCCCGGAUGGGGACAAGGCCCCUGGCCCCGCCCAGGGCUGAGGCCGUGAGCAGCAGGUGCCUGGCUGCCAGGCCCCGUGGCUUCCUGGAGGAAACCAGCGCUCCAUGGACACACGUGUGCUCUGAUCCUCUCCCUAACUCUCCAAGAACUCAGGGCUGGAGCCUGCUCGCCCCUCUCUCCCCAGGCUCUUGCUACCUCAUGGGGCCUGGUCCAGCUGAAGGCACCGUGCCCAGACCUGGCGUCUCAGAAAGUACAGAAGGCCGGAGGGACUCACAGACUGCAGCUCUGGGCUUGGGGCUCUAGACGCAGGUCAGGGACUCUGCAUCUGUCCUGCCGCAUUCAUGAGGCCAGGCUGCCAGGUGGGCCCUGCCUGCUUCAGGCUGGGGCCCCAGUCUCCCUCUCACUGGGGAGCUCCCCAGCCACAUCUUCACUAUGAAUGUUUCUCUUGGCCUCCGGGAGGCCUGUGCAGGGCCUAGCCCUACAGGAACUCCUGGGCCUCUCUGCAGGGUGCACCAGGGUCUGUGCGUGGGAAGCGGCCCAUCAGUGACCCCCAAUGAUAAUAAACCGGUUCCCUGC